CGUAAAAUUGACAGCUAACUAGCGCAGCGCACUUCACAACAGCCAGCUGGUACUAAUCAGCUAGCCACAGAGGCAAGCGUUUCGGUUUUGUUUUCGGCAAUAAAUUAACGUCAUUAAUAAAUUUAGAUUCUUAAGAUUAAUUCAUACGAGUAUGGCGGUGGCACUUCAAGGCUUUGAAGGCUCUUCGUCUGUGUAGUUAGCGAGCUAGCUAGCUAGGUAAAGUUGAUAGCACUAAAUAGCAUCAACGCUAGCUAGCUAAGUUGAAGCGGAUUCUUACAAGCUGGCAUCAAAAACCGCAUCGUCAGCCAUGGGAAUACUAUUUACAAAGCUAUGGAGGCUUUUUAAUCACCAAGAGCACAAAGUUAUUAUUGUUGGCCUGGACAAUGCUGGCAAGACCACGAUUCUUUACCAGUUUUCAAUGAACGAGGUGGUACACACCUCUCCAACGAUUGGGAGCAAUGUGGAGGAGAUUGUAGUCAACAACACCCAUUUCCUGAUGUGGGACAUCGGGGGCCAGGAGUCCCUCAGGUCUUCGUGGAAUACAUACUACACAAACACAGAGUUUGUAAUUGUGGUGGUCGACAGCACAGACAGAGAAAGGAUCUCAGUGACCAAAGAGGAACUCUACAGAAUGCUAGCACAUGAAGAUUUGAGAAAGGCAGGGCUGUUGAUCUUUGCCAACAAGCAGGAUGUGAAAGGUUGCAUGUCUGUGGCCGAGAUCUCCCAGAGCCUCCAGCUUACCUCGGUCAAAGACCACCAGUGGCACAUCCAGGCCUGUUGUGCGCUCACUGGGGAGGGGUUGUGCCAGGGUCUUGAGUGGAUGAUGUCACGGCUGCGUGUGAGAUGAUGACCUUUGACUUCGAUCAGGAGUGCGCCCUUGCUCUCUGUUUUCUCUGCCUCCAGACAUGAGCUUGAAAUGAGGAUGGGGGUGAGGUCAGUUGAUGGAUGGCCCUCUCCUCUUUCCUGUGAAGCUGACAUUGGCAGACCACUGCCGGGAUGUUACAUUCUUCUGUAAUAAUUUAUUUUACAAAAGACGUCUGAACUCUGAACAAAAAAACCUUGACCUUUUCAGAAGGACAUUGGACAACAAAAGAGACUCAAAAAUAUUUAAAUUGAAAUUUCUGCACGGUUUUCCUUUCAGAAAAACACAGAGGUCAGCAAAGUGUCUGACUUGGAACUGUACAUGGACUUAUUCUGCUGUGUGUGAGUCUAGCCCAUGGUGGCCUUGCAGUAUUGCCGGACUGUGCUGUGGCGGUUUUUAUUGCCCCCCUGUGUGUACAGUCCAGUAUUCUCUCUUUUAACGUGGUGCCUGCAGCAGAAUGUUCAAGCAAUGAUGGCUGAUGGUGACUGAAACAUGCAGAAGGGAGGGUAAAAUCACAAAAUGCCCUCUUCCUUUCAGUCCCUAUGGAUAAUCAGUGAAAUAAAGUGUUUUUAUCUGUUUCAGGUGAAUUGCAUCGUGUCAUGAAUGAGUAUUUCUUUCAGGUGACUCCCAAGAUUGCUCUUUUCCUCUGUAUGAUUUACUUUUCUCUUCGGAUAACUGAACUAUACUGGAGUUUGGUGUUUUGUAACUUCAGUAAUUCUUUUUUUAGUCCUUUAGGGGGCAGAAUGUGUGACAUGAGCUCAUGGUCCCUUAUGCUUUUCAGGGAGCAUGAUGAGCAGCUACAGGAGUA